UAUCACGUGUGAAUGAGGAUAACACAGUCGAACGUGCUUGAUAUUCACAGCAAACUUUCAAGUACAGUUACCGCGGUGGGAAAAUGAACUUAAACAUGAAGGUGUUCAGCUUUGGUGCUGUUUUUGUAUUUUUUUGUGCGAUUUGUCACGCCGAUGUAGAUUUUCCAUCUUAUGAAGACCUCACAUCGUUCGACGUCAGAUUGUUGAGUCCAAAACCCUUAAGUAACGCCACAAACAGGCUGAUAGAGCUGAAGUCUGUUGUUAAUCGAGUACAUGAUGUCAAUUUCCUAAAAUCCUUAGCAGAUUCUAAUGGUGAAACUUUGAAAUCAUCAGCAGAAGACGGUUCUGUUUUAUUCUCUGACAAAUAUAACGUGUCGGAAACCUGUCGAGAUCACUGGAAUCGCACGUUCACAGCACUGAGGGCGAAUGAGUACUGGGCUCUCAAAUUGAUAGACUCUUCCGCCAAACUUGAAUCUGGAAUUUUAGAAGGCAAUACUAAGUGGCUGGGGUCAUACGAUGAAUGUUUCAAUCUGGAAGUUCCAGUAAAGGCUGUAAGCCUCAGUGCGUUUGAGACUCACUUCUGUUUUGCGCACGUGCCUAUAAAUCUAACAGACUUUCAUUUGAAAAUCGAUAUUGGCCUAUGUGUACCCAAAGCGUGCUCAUCAAGCGAUGUAACCAAACUUUACAACGAUUUAUUUGCCGCAGUACAGAGGUUGAGACCAACUAUCAACCCAAUCAGGGUAUCUUCUGUAGAUUGUCAAGAACACUCAGAGAUUGACACCAGAGCCAUUGCUGCCAUAAUCAUACUCGGAGUAUUUGCUGUCAUCAUCUUGAUAAGCUCAACGUUUGACUUGAUAUCCCAUCAAUGGUCGUAUUGCACCGGUAUACCAAAGACUGGGCCCACUCAAUCUAUAGAAAUUGCACAUUUCGAGGGAGAUCCUCAGCUGGUGAAUGAAAUGACAAAUGUCUCCAAAAGAAAAAAAUCGACAUUGGAAAAGUUACUGCUUUCGUUUUCUGCUUACACCAAUGGGAAGAAGCUUCUCGCAGUAAAUCAUUCCCCUGGAACACUGACUGCAUUGAAUGGGAUACGGUUCCUCAGCAUCUCCUGGGUCGUUCUAGGACACACUUAUUCAUCUGUCUUUAACAAAAUGAACAAUUCAUAUGCCAUAUCGUUAUCCAAACGCUGGACGUUUCAGACAGUCUUAAAUGCUCAGGUUUCGGUAGAUUCGUUCUUUGCUCUGAGCGGUCUGCUCCUUUCCUACCUCACUUUAAAGGAGAUGAAAAGAGGAAAAGGAAAAUUCAGAAUCAACUGGCUUAUGUUUUAUUUCCACAGAUUUUGGAGAUUAACUCCCGUGUACAUGAUUGUAUUAAUGGUCACAGUCUGUCUGGGACGUUACCUUGGAGAUGGACCAGUAUGGCCUAAGGAUGGGUUCGAGAAAAAUUGUAAAGAUACUUGGUGGAGAAAUCUUCUGUACAUCAAUAACUUGUUUGAGGGAGAUGAGUUUGGGACAUUUUGGACUACGCUAAUUGACAGUAAGAAUAGAAGAAUCUGUGAUUGUGUGCUAAGCCGAUUCAGAUGCUUUGGAGUCGCGUGGUACCUUGCUAACGAUAUGCAGUUCUUCAUACUAAGUCCACUUAUGCUACUACCAUUGUAUUUGAGUUAUAAGAUUGUUCUUUAUCUUCACCUUACAUUGGUAAAUCCGGAUUCGUUCCACCAUUUCUCCCACAGCCAUUACUCUAUAGGGAUAGGCGUCUGUUUCAUGUGGUUGCUUGGAUCUGCCAUCACACCAGGGGUUGUCUCAAACGUUUUGGAUCUUCCACCCUCAAGCUUUGGUGGAGGAGGAUCGCAACAAGGAAGAGCAGAUUACUUCAAUAACUAUUACAUCAGACCCUACUGUAGGAUAGGACCCUAUAUUGUCGGGAUCAUAGUGGGGUCGUUUCUAUACAGAACAGACUGUAAAGCAAAAAUCAACAAGCUCCUUAAUGUGCUGCUGUGGUUGAUGUUUGUCGUUCUGGCUAUCGUUGUCCUGUACGGACUCCGUACGCCGAUAGCCUACCCAGAGGAGGCACUCAACCGAGGUGUAUCCGCUUUCUACAACGCCACCCAUAAAAUUGUCUGGGGAGCAUGCAUCUGUUGGGUCAUAUUUGCCUGUGCUACCGGAAAUGGUGGAUUUAUCAAUACUUUGCUGUCUUGGUCUCCAUUUGUACCACUGGCUCGACUUUCGUAUUGUAUCUACUUAAUCCACCCGAUAGUGAUGUUUGUUUACAUUGGCAGUCAACGUUCCCAUUAUAACAUGGAUGAUAUCCACACUAUAUAUCUCUUUCUGGGACAUCUCGUAAUGUCCACCGCUAUGGCGUUUGUGGUCUCAGUUGCAUUCGAGGCUCCGAUGAUGGGAUUGGAGAAAAUACUUCUUAGAAGACAACAGAGAAGAUAGUCUAUUUUCAUAAACUAUUACUACUGUUGGUUUUCCUGUGGACAAGUUUGUUUUAUAGAAGUUUAACAUGUAUUAUAAUAAAAUUCAACUAACCUUUC